CUGUGUGUGUGUGUGUGUGUGUGUGUGUGUGUGUGUGUGUGUGUGUGUGUGUGUGUGUGUGUGUGUGUGUGUGUGUGCGCGCGUGCAGUUGUUCAACUAACAAACAACGCAGUCGACAAGUUGCAUUCAACCGAACUCCCUGAAGAUGCAUCCUAGGAGAACCGUUGCAAGUGCAUCAAGCAGCUUUUGCACGCAGUCCAUCAGACAUCUGCUGGUGCUCUCCUCUCUGUGUCAUUUCAUAACUGGAUAUGCAGAGGAUGAUAAAGUGCAUCACUUGAUGUCCCGAUAUCCUCUUAUUGAUGGUCAUAAUGACCUCCCUGUCCAACUGAGGAUCCUUCACAGCAAUUGCCUGAGUCAAAUUGACCUUCAUAGUGUCAGCCGUGUGGCCACCGACAUCACCCGUCUCCGAGCAGGCCAUGUGCAGGCGCAGAUGUUUGCAGCCUAUGUGCUGUGUUCGGCCCAGGAUAAGGAUGCUGUGAGGCUGACGCUGGAACAAAUCGAUGUGAUCAGACGCAUGUGCCAGGAGAACCAGGACUUUGAGCUUGUCACAACUGCCCAGGAACUGAAGAAUGCUGAGACGAGGAGCAAGAUAGCUUGUCUGAUAAGUGUUGAGGGGGGGCACUCGAUUGACAGCAGCCUGCCAGCUCUGCGGAUGUUUUACCAACUUGGCGUGCGCUCCAUGACCCUCACGCAUAACUGCAAUACACCCUGGGCGGAAUCAUCCUCAAAAAAACACAGUGUCUACCAAAGACAGAAUGACAGCUUGACACACUUCGGGAAGGCUGUGGUAGAGGAGAUGAACAGACUGGGAAUGCUAGUGGAUCUCUCCCACACUUCCUUGGACACUGCCUCUGCUGUGCUGAACCAUUCCAGGGCUCCUGUUAUUUUCAGCCAUUCGUCCUCCUAUUCCAUCUGUAAUCACAGUCGCAAUGUACCUGACUGGCUGCUGCACGAGCUGAAAAAGAACAGAGGAUUGAUCAUGGUGACGUUCCCCACCGAAUACAUUUCAUGCAGGGACAAGGCUGACAUCUCUCAAGUGGCUGACCAUUUUGAUCACAUAAGGCAUGUGAUUGGAGCAGAGUGGAUAGGAGUCGGUGGAGACUUUGACGGCGCCAGGAGUUUUCCUCAGGGGUUAGAGGAUGUGUCAAAGUAUCCUGCCCUGAUCAAAGAACUGCUGCAGAGGAACUGGACUGAGCAGGAGCUGGCUGCUGUCCUUAGAAUGAAUUUCCUGCGAGUGUUCGAGGAGGUGGAGCAGGUCCGUGAUCGUUUAAGUCCUGACCCACCCAGUGAGGUCUGGAUCCCUGUAGAGGAGGUCCAGAACCCCUGCAGGUUGGUCCUUAGAAUUCCUGACGUUUGGAAGCCCGCUAACAAGGGUCCCUCCUCCAGAGCCCAACAUGGAACACCAGGUAGAAUGUUUUCUGAUGAGGCUGUGCCGCGGCUCCUAGUUGGUCAUGAAUAGAUAGUGAUGACCUCCCGACCUCCGCCUCUCACCAGCAGCACUCUUUCCAAGCCCUCAGUCAAUACCUCCAAAAACUCCAUAUCUACGCAAAUGGUUAAGGAUGAAAAAAAAAAAAAAAAACUCCUACACAUGUGUACUAUAGCCCACAAUUUUCUACAAAAAGUUUUACAAUAUCGACAAAGGAUACAGUUUUCGUCACCGUCUGUGUUUCGUGGCGGCCCUGGCAUGUUGAGCAGCACCAAUCGAGCGUCAUGGGACCUGUUCACUAUGACCUCAUUGAGCUUCACAGCUGUAUGCAUCCGACGCACAUUGGACUGGUCCCUGGAGUCAGAAACAGAGUGGUAUGGCAUUUUUGCCAAUUAGAACCUUUUUUUUUCGGACUUUUUACAAAGCAAGCACUACUUUUGUCGAACCGAUUAACAUGCAACAAGGGAACGGGGAACUACGGUGAGAGGUUCAGCAUGCCACUCACGGCUUGAGGCUCAUGAGUUCUCUGAAGUUCUCGGGUGCGUUGCUCCUGUUCCUCCUCUCGGCUUCACACUUCUCUCUCGUCCAUGUCAUCUGAACCUUCUCUGGAGGAGCCUCCACCACCACCUCCUCCUCCUCAUCUGAGUACAGACUCCCCAUACGCACCAAAGAGUGUCUGUCCUUCACCAGCUGGGCCUGCAGGGGUCAUGGGAAUAUUAAUCGGCUUGGUUGUCAAUAAACUGUAUGUAACCAACAGUGUUAUUAUUGAUUGAGGUCAUUUUGACCUGGCCAAAUUCUGGAAUUACUAAAAGAUAAGAAACAAACCCCAACAACAUACCUCUCGUUGUCUUUCUGCACUCGACAGCCUCAUUUGCCUCAACAUCUGCGACCUCUGCUCCAUCAUUAACGUUCGCUCAUAUGUGUAUGCUGAGAUGUCACUGUCAUGCUGAAAUCCCAUUUGAGAAACAUCAUUCUAAUGGGUAAUGUAACUGAAGCUGUGACAGUGCAAGUUCAUGAAUUCAUGUUCAAAUAUAUGUUUUUAAUAAGUUG